CUUGUUCUAAUCGAUCCACGGAUAGAGAGAGAGAAAGAUAGAGAUGGGAGAGAGUGCAACGGGAGAGGCAGAGGCUUUGUUAUUACAGGGUCAAGCUGAUAUAUGGAAGUACAUGUUCAGCUUCGCAGAUUCCAUGGCCCUCAAAUCCGCCGUGGAGCUCCGCAUUCCCGACAUUAUACACCGCCACGGCGGUCCAAUCACCUUGUCUCAGAUCACCGCCUGCUUCUCCGACGCUCCCUCUCCCGACACCGCAUACCUCGCCCGCCUCAUGAGGCUCCUCGUCCGCCGCAACAUCUUCACAGCCCACCACCCCUCCGACGGAGGAGACACCCUCUACGGCCUCACCCACUCUUCUCGGUGGCUGCUAAGCGACUCCGACCUUAACCUGGCACCCAUGCUUCUCAUGGAGAAUCACCCCGACCUUAUGGCUCCCUGGCACUGCUUCAGCGACUGCGUGAGAGAUGGAGGCGUGGCGUUCAAGAAGGCUCACGGCCAAGAGAUUUGGGAGAUGGCGGCAGAGAACCCAGAAUUCAACAAGCUUUUCAAUGCUGGGAUGGCGUGUACGGGUAGGACGGCGAUGAUGGCGAUCGUAUCGGCGUAUAAGGAAGGGUUCGAGAGCAUUGGAUCGCUGGUUGAUGUGGGAGGUGGCACCGGAGGAACAGUGUCGGAAAUUGUGAAAACGUAUCCCCACAUCAAAGGUAUUAACUUUGAUCUGCCUCAUGUGGUGGCCACCGCACCUGAAUACGACGGCGUCACCCACGUCGGAGGAGACAUGUUCCACUCCAUCCCACCUGCGGAUGCCGUUUUCAUGAAGUGGCUGCUGCAUGACUGGAGCGACGAAGACUGUAUAAAGAUACUGAAGAACUGCAAGAAAGCGGUGGCAGAGGAUAAAGGGAAGGUGAUAAUAGCAGAGUUUGUGCUGAAGCCAGAGGGCAAUGGGCUGUUCGAUGACAUCGGAUUGCUCUUCGACUUGCUGAUGAUUGCUCAUUCCUCCGGUGGAAGAGAGAGGACUGAGUCGGAGUGGAAGAAUCUGCUAAAUCAAGCUGGCUUCCCUCGCUAUCAAAUCAUCAACACACCCUCUUUCUUAUCUAUCAUCGAGGCUUAUCCUAUCUGAUAAUGCUCCCCAUCCUCCAACCUACCUCUGUUUCAACCACGCAUUUAAUGCUUCUCUCUUUACUUGUUCUUCAAAAAACAAAGUUAUGGCCAGUGAUGAUGAAGUAUUCAGUACAAGUUUGACUAUUCCAUAAUCAGUUUGUCAUAAUACACUUACGUGAUCAUUACGUACUAA